AUGGCGUUGGCCGCGGCUGCCGGUGCGGUCCUCGUGGUUUUUUCGUCGAUUGUGGGUGUCGAAGCGUGCAAUGGACAUGCGUCAUUUUGUAUGUUACCCUUCAACCAGUUCACCUUCCCCGGGACGCACAACUCGGGUUCUUUCUCCUUGAACAUUCCAGAGAUUAUCGAGGACAACAUUCCACUAGUCGACGUGAACGCCAUCUUGAGUUGUUACUAUGACUGCCAUCACAUGAACUACUUGGAGCAGUUGAAUUUCGGAAUUCGCUUCUUCUUCCCAGAUGUUUGCAUUCGAGAUGGCAUAGGGGAGCCAACCACCCUGUAUGAUUGUCAUUCAUCUUCAGGCACCAAUGCGAAAGGUUUGGCCUGGAACAACAAAUUUGCGUACAGCUUGCAGGUCAUGAAAGAUUGGUUGUCGGUGCACACUCGCCAGUUGCUGGUGGUGACGCCCGAUGACAUGCAUGCGGACGUCGCGAGCAAGGAGGAGAUGUGGGCAAACGCCUUUGCUGAGAAGUUUGGCACCUGCUUUGAUAUCCAUCACACCACCGUGGUGUCUGAGCUGCCCCAACAGUCGGAAACCUCCUGCGUGCGGAUGCUAGGUCGUCCUGGUGACAACAUCACCAUGGGGGAUUUGAUCGAUCGAAACCUGCGCAUGGUGGUUUUCACUGUGGGUUGGAGAGAUGUGAUCGCCACUACCUGGACCCCAGAGGCCAACACUGGUGCCAAAUCAAAGGACUUGUUGGAGCACAUCGACAAGUACAGUCGGGGCUUGCACCCCCUGGCCCCCAAGUCGUGGAUGGCAUUGUCAGUUUAUGGCGCAGCCAGCCCUCCGGACUUCUCCAUGGUGGACAUGUCCAAACCAUACGAUCCCAUUUGGCCCGUGAUGGUGGGCGUGGAUGCCAUGAAGAAGACGGACUUGCGCUGUGUAGAGAAAAUGGCCGAGAGCUACAACACCGAUCUUUUCCAGGACGAUAGCAACCCCUACGAAUACUUCACCGAGAAAGAGUGUGAGAACUCCAUCUGCGGCUGCCUGGGAUAUAAGUCGCCAUUGGAGCCGAUGCACCAGAGAUUGUUGGAUCAGGGCCAUUCAGUGCUAUUGGUGAUGGGUGACUAUUCCGAAAUGGGUGAGAAGACCAGUCUCCCUCAACUGACGCAGCGGAUGAACUUCGCCAACCUUCGACGUUUCUUAGAUCAGCCCGAGCCGGUCAAGAGCUGGUGGGAUUGUAACUGGCCAGCGGUCGUGGGGGUCUGUGUGCCGCUGAUGCUGGUGUGUUGUUGCUGUUGCUAUGCCAUGAUGAUAUGUCUUUAUCCUGAAAGAUAUGGACUUUGGAUCAGGAAAGCAUGGGAACGACAUCAAGAAGCUCUCGCACAAAAGAGGAUGGGCAGGGAGCAGGGCCGCGAGGAGGCUCGCGCCUACCUCCGCAACGCCAACGGCUACGGCGCCGGUGCCGUGCCCGAGGGCACUGUGGUGGGCGUCGUGGGAGUGGCGCCGCCGCCGGCGGUGCAGAUGAAUCACAACGGAUGGUACCAGGCCAAAGAAACAGAGUGA